AUGGAGUACCCAGUGCAGGCAGAAACCCAGACACAGACAUUUAGCUCUGCAGAUCGUAUCCGCCAGCUGAACGAUAUUGACAAGGUACAUUUGAGCUUCCCAGAGAUUCAAAACCCAUAUACUAACUCGAUUUUGCCAAAAACAAUACAGGAUGUGGCAAAGUUGAUUCACUCUGCUGGUCUUGCAAUCCAAGCUUUAACAAAUGCGAAGCCAGACUCGCCGUCGCCUGCCCAAGACGGCUCCCUCGAUUCACAUAAAACCCAGUUCAAGGAAGCCACUGCACAGUACUUUGCUCUCCUAUCCUCUAUCGAUGUGCGCCUUCGACGCCAGGUCUACGCUCUAGAUGAAGCUGCAGUUCUUGGGCCUGAGGUUAAUUCCCGCACAGGUGAUGCGACCGGGACGGGCGCAGGUGGUGGAACUGGGACUACUGCGGGAUCUGGUGCCGCUGCCAACCCUCUGGACAUCAGUUGGCUGAACAGCCGGAAGGACACAGUUGGGAAGGAUAAAGAGGCAGAACUGUGGGCAUCAGCUCGAGAGUUUGUUGAGAAAUUGGACCGCUCUUCGGUUUCAGCUUCGCAGAGCUCCGGCAAACGUGAUGAGGUUACCGAGGAGAUGCAGGUCGACUGA